GAGACAAUGACUUUGUUGUUACAGGUCGACAAACUUUUCCAGGUGAUGCGUGCCAUCCAGCGACGGCUGCGACAGUAGACUAGCGCAAAGCGCAUCAGGAGCAUCCCGGCGUAGGCUUUUAGGAGUAUAGACAGGGAAACAAGGAUUUAUUCUAACCAUGCUCUUCUUACAAAUGUUUAUUGCCUGCCUGUGGCUGCAGUGUGUAUUCGCCCAGGCUAGAACCCUGAGCCCGGUGGUGGAGGCUCGUAACAUCACGCUCCCGGCCGGCUCCAACGCCUUGCUGCCGUGCCACAACCAGCGCAUCGUUUGGCGGCAGGACCGCCUGCGGGACCGUCAGCGCGUGGUGCACUGGGACAUGUACCGCAGCCGGCCACACGAGGGGGUGGAGCGCGUGCUGGACCUAUUCCCCGGGGGCAGCGAACGCGUCUACACCAACUACAACAAGGGCCGCAUCAACAUCUCGCCCGAUGCCUUCAUUGAUGGCAACUUCUCACUCAUCAUUCAAAAUGUGGGGGCGAAUGACAGAGGCCUCUACACAUGCAAUCUGCAUCACCACUACUGCAACAUCCACCAGGCCCUUCAGAUGCAGCUCAAUGUCACCAAGUCAGCCCAUAAGGAGAAGCGCUUUUGGGACGGAGAGAAGUCUGUGUUUGUGGUGCUGGCGGGGAGCACCGUAGUUCUGCCGUGCAUGAACCGGCGGCCGCUGUGGACCGAGGACAGCCAGGAGGACCAGCAGCAGGUGGUCCACUGGGACUGGCAGCCGCCGGGCGUGCGUCCAGACGGCGCCGAGCGCCUGGUGGACCUCUACGCCUCGGGCGAGGAGCGCAAGUACGGGCCGCACUUCCUGCGCGAGAAGAUGAACAUCACGGCGGACGCCUUCGCGCGCGGCGACUUCUCCCUCAGCAUCUCGGACCUGCAGCCCACGGAGAAGGGCCUGUACGUCUGCCACCUGCACCACCACUACUGCGGCCUGCACGAGAGGCGCAUCUUCCGCCUCAUCGUGGGCGCUCCCCUUCUUCGGCAGCCCGUCCCCACAAGACCCCGGGAGCUCCCUCCGACAGAAGAGCCUACCGAAAAGGAGCCCACCAAGAAGCUCACUGUUGUUGAGCUCCCCUUCCAGCAGAAUGACGAGGAUCCAAACACAAACAUGGUGGAGACGGCGCGUGUUUUCAAUGUCAUCGUGCCAGAGCCACGCAGUCACUUCCUCAACCAGCUCGGCUACGUCUUGGCCAUCUUCCUCCUGCUCACUCUCAUCGUCGCCGCGGUGAUCUUGCUCACACGGAGCCGCAGGAAGAGAGAGCUGGAGUAUGAUGUGCGUAGAUCUGAACGGGGACAGUCGAGGACAGCCAUUGAGAUGGAGCCCACUGGCCCGAAGAACUGCAAUCAGGAUGACCUCAGGGAGUUCAAGAACAACAUAAUGAAGGAGCAGGCAGAGAUGUCCAAUGCCUGUACUUCAAGAGUCAUAGAUCUCAAUAAAGAAAUGGAGAAGCUGUCAUGGAAGUGAGAUGCUGCCUAGCAGGCUGCUGGCUGGCCCAGAGCAAAAAGGACUUGAGAUGAGAUGAGACGACCAAUCAGAGUGCAGGGAGACUCACGGAUGAAGCCAUAAAGGAGGUGUUGCCAUUGUGUCUGCUGUUCAAUAAGCUUAAUGCUACCAACUUUGCUGUCUUAUCUGAUACCCUAUGUAUUAUGUUUAUCACUGCUAAAGCUAUAUUUAUAUCUAGGAUAUUGUAUGCUUUAGGUUGUAGUGCCAUACAUUGACAUUAGUGGUCAAGCUUGCAUUAGCCCUUCGUCGAAAUCGAUUUCAAUACACUGUGUCAUUGUUAUAAUGUUCUUUAUUUUAUACUGUUUCUGUUUUUUUACUUAUUCAAAAAGAAAUAAAAGGAAUGCUGUUGAUAAUGUACAAUGAUCAGUGACUUCAAAGGGGACGUUCAGCCUUUCAAGUUGCAUUCAUAUGUUGCGCGAGCUCAUUUAAUGUGGUCCCGUCCUGAUCCUCCGACGAUCUUUUAGACGCUAAAGAGAAGGAGCUUUCAAAGGAGAGAGGCAUUGUAUUUCUCAGGAAUUCACUUGCACACCAGAAUACUUGAGUGUGUGCAUAUUUUUCUCUCUCACAUUGCUGGGGCGGACAAGCAGAGAGGAUGCUUGCAUUCCUAUUAUUACUGUAAGUUUUAUUAACUGUUCUAUUAACUGUUCUAUUAACUGUUACGAUACUUCUGAUAUUGAAAUGCAUGUCAAGUUUAGCUAAGAACUCCGUCUUUAGGAAAAUGGGAAGAUGAGAGAACAAAUAGUGGUGCUAAAAAUCCCUUUGCCCACCGUUUGGGUCUGCUGUUUAAAUCCACUAGUGCCACCAACAGGCCAAACGUUUUUGUUGUGUUUCAACCCAUUUUUUCUGAAGCCUAGAGUUCAAUUCUUGUAUUUCCUUUCUAGUUCCAGUUCCCACCAUUCGACCAUUUUAGCAGAAAGAAAUGUAUGCAGAUGUGUUCAAAUGAGUGUUUGUUUUAUCCACUGUUUACAAUUUAUUAUACUCGUUCCUCAUAAUGAGUUGUAAACAGUGGACAAAACACCAACCAAGUAUCAUAUUACUAAAGUUGGUGAUCACAUUAGCUUAUCUUUACAUUUUCAGUGAUUUAUUUAUUGUUAUGAUCCAAUUUGAUUGAGUUAUUUUUACCAAUUGUAUUUGCCGCCUCAAAUCUCAAACAGAUGCCUUUUUUGGCAUUUGAUGUCAUAGGAGUUAAAUGGGGUAUGUGGAGACAAGCAAAUGUUUUACUUCCCCCCUAAUUUCAAAGAGAUGCAUUUGCACAUGAGUGAAUAUAAUACAGUAAGGCUUGUACACUGUAAAACAGUGUAGCUAGGAUGAUUAUCAUGCAAUAUAAUGAAUCAUAUUUUAAUCAUUUUAAUAUGUUUGCUCCUUUUUUUCCUAUUGUAAAUGUUUUGUUUCAUCUAACCUAAAAUACUGUAGGAUUGCAUCACAGUAUGUAUUUUGUAUCAAUUUACUAUUUUGAUGGUUGUCCAUAUAUAAGUGGACAAGACAUGUUGAGUUAAUGCCGUUUUGGUUAAGCAUUUCAGGCCAGCAUAACACCAUGGUAAUCUUGACUAGAAUUCCUCUAGUAUUUUGAUAUAAAAGUUUCAGGUAAUGCUCCGGCCUGUAUUUUAAUGAAUCUUGUCCACAUUUGUGCCUCUUGAAUGCCUAUGCUGGGGG